AUGUUAUCUCCCAACCCACUCUCUCUACUCUGUGCAUUACUUCUCUGCUUACCUUUAGCCGUCAUAUUCACCACCACCGCAAACCACAAACAUGCCACAACCGCUAACCCCAUCCACGUCAUCCUUAACAAACCAAACCCAAAUCUCAAAAACAUUAGCAUCUCCGAAAAACCCAACAACAAAUUACAGCAACCAGCGUCGCCACCGCCACCGGACGACGAUGACUUGCUGCUAUUCAGGGUAGCCACCCAAGUGAGUGCGAAACCCACUUGGCCCAAAAAGAUAGCUUUCAUGUUUCUAACCACCACGCCCCUCCCAUUCGCGCCACUCUGGGAAAUUUACUUCAACCAAACACACACGAAACUUUUCAACGUUUACGUUCACGCCGACCCCACUUUCUCCUACCACCCACCCUUCUCCGGUGUCUUCUCCAACCGCGUCAUCCUUUCUAAACGUACACAGCGGUUCUCUCCCACGCUUGUCGCGGCGGCGCGUCGCUUACUCGCCAACGCGCUCAUCCACGACCCUUCCAAUUCCGUCUUCGUGCUCCUUUCUCCCUCCUGCAUUCCCCUCCACUCCUUCAAUUUCACCUACCACGCGCUCGUUCACUCCGGCAAGAGCUUCAUCGAGAUCCUUGCCAAUGAGACCGGUAGUUAUGACCGUUGGGCGGCGCGUGGACCUCACGCGAUGCUGCCUGAGGUGAAGCUUGAGGAGUUCCGCAUUGGGUCGCAGUUUUGGGCGCUGACACGUCAGCACGCGAGGCUUGUUGUGAGUGACAGCACGCUUUGGCCCAAGUUUAACGUGCCGUGCGUACAGCGUGACACGUGUUACCCCGACGAAAAUUAUUUCCCUACCCUUUUAAACAUGCGGAUGCGGGACCCUGAGGAGUGCGUGCCCGCCACGCUCACGCACGUGAAUUGGACGGGGCGUGUGGAUGGACAUCCUAGGACGUACGAGGCGUGGGAAGUGGAGCCCGAACUGAUCUUGAGGAUGAAGUCAGAUAUGCCUAGGUACGGUGACGGUAACGGUAACAGACGCCGUGAUCCGUUUUUGUUCGCAAGGAAGUUCGCCGCCGACGCACUGCAACCGUUGAUGAGAAUUGCAAACGACGUCGUUCUUCGUGAUUAG